AUGAGAUAUCGGGUUCUUCUGCUAAAACGAUGGCUCGAUCCUGAAGAUGUGCAAUUUUGGCAUGGACUUGGAGUGGCAGAUCAUGAGUACGACGACGAAAUGCCAUUGAAGGCUCAGUUGAAGAGAAGAAUAACCGUAACGUUCCCAAUCGAUUUUCCACUAAAGGUUGGAGAUGUGGUCUACGCGGAGAAAAUGGGGGAAAUGAAGUUUUGUGAGGGAUAUUGUCAAGUAAUAGAUUCGUUUCCAACGGCGCAAUUUCAGGGAGAACAACGUGUUACGAUCAAUUUGGUGCCAGUGGUGUUUUCAAUAAACUUUUUGAAUCAUCAAUCGGGAGAGGCAUUCAUCGGUUGGAGUCCCGAAGUUGGAGUUGUCAUCGCCCCAUCACUCGAUUUGCGUCCUUUGAAUAAGUUUUCUCCAUACGAAGUUUACUACUGUCGUCUAAUUUGCAGUUUAUUUUCGGAUAACGAAGCCCUCAAACUUCAAAUGAGCAAGGAUCAUGGCGCUUAUUGGUGUGCAACAACAAUCGAAAGAUGUAGCGCACGAUGUGAAGUUGAUGAGGCAGAAAAAAUUGCAAAGGCUUACAAUCAACCACCAAACGACGGUCGAUAUCACUUUUACUUAAAGUCGGAGCCGUUUUGGAUGACUCCACGUGUUUCAUAUAGCGCAGAGCCACCGCAAAUUGAGCAUACCAAGACUACGUCAAAUCAACCGAGCAUAGAGCUAAUGAAGAGUAGCCUUUACACAGCUUCGUUUGAAAAAUGUUUAAUUUCUUGUGCAACACUUCACGAUCUUAAAAUCGUUACCGAUGUUGGAGUUCUGGUCGAUGUAAGCCUUGGGGGUCAUGUUUACACGGCAACAGGCUUGAAACAGCUCCGCUCGCACAAUCCGAUGCACCUUGGAAAAUUUGUCGAAAUUCGUGGUGUUGAGGGUCCAAGCAAUAUAAAUACAACAAUGAGAGUUGCAAGAAACCCAGAUAAAAGAUCUAUAGAGUGGAUUAAUUGUCGGCUGGCAGCCCCAACAGACUUACCGAUACCACAGGGAAUGUUUGACUUGAAUUGUGUAACACUACGACCAAACGUACAACCUCAAGUUUUGAUGACAACGAUUUUUGCUAUCGAUUUGAAUCAAAGAAAGCUGCUCCCAUUUCACCCAUUUCUCCGAGCGGAUCUCAUCAAACUGUCAGAAGCAAUGCUGACGAUCGACUUACUUCAAACGCCCGAUGAACCGGUUGUCGCUGACUUGUUAUAUGAUGGAAUUAACGGAUGGACGGUUGUUGCUAUUCGUAACUACAAUGCAAAGGAAAGGCCGAUCGUAGCUAAAUGUUUGAAUCGUGAGAUGACUUGUGAUUAUGGCCCCAUUGUACACAAGGCAUGGCAUCCAAUCAAGGACAAGCAAGCUAUCGAAAUCUCGGGAUGGGUGAUUGCUUUACAAAGGGAAUUCGCCUUCAUAUGGCCGUGUUUACCAGCCAAACAUUCGAAAGGAUGGGUUGUGAUUAAGCGAAGUUGCGUGCCGAUGUUGGCUAGUCUCGGAGACUUCGUACAUUUGAGUGCCGUCGAGAUCGAAUAUACAGCUGCUAAGCCGGCACCAAUUGAACUGCAAUAUAGCAGCGAUCAGAUCCUUCGGUGGACUUAUGGUUUUGAGCUUGAAAUGAAAAGAAUUGUAUACGAGAAAACGGCAGAAGUUACGGUGUGGUUAGUGUUUUAUUUAUUGGACAAUCCAGAUUCUUACUGGAACCCGACCGAAAUUGAAAGACCAGAGAAGGGAAAUUGGAUUUACGAUGCGACUUAUCGGCAUCAGGUUUUCUGCACCGAUCGACAACUUAACGAUAUAUCGGGUCGUGUAAUGGAACUUGAAAGCGAGCCCGGUGCCGGUAAAGUCGAGUAUAUUAUUCUACCCUGCCUCUUGAACGCGAAACAAAAAGCCCCAAAUUCUGAGCAUAGACAAAUUCUGCGCCUAGACAAAAGGAUCAUUCUAAAGGAGGAAGUCAGGAAAACUGCAGUUUACGCAAAUAUGCCUACAAGAUAUAAGGAUUUCAUGAUGAGAAAACAUCACCAAGGUGUGCAUAAGGGUGUGAAACGCGAAACGAAAAUGACCCAUCAGGACAAGGUGGCGGUGAACGAGAUCCUCAUCAACCACGUGAAAAUAACAACAAUGAGUGAACAAAGGAAUGAAAGCUCGGAGGGUCUCGAGGCGGUGAUAUCGAAUCAAGUAUUGAUAAUGGAUUCGACGAAAGAAGAAUUGCUGGCAUUCAGGGCGAGAAAAAUCGCUCUGAUCACUGGAAUCUCGGGACAGGAUGGUUCCUAUUUGGCUGAACUAUUACUGCAGAAAGGCUACGCAGUGCAUGGAGUUAUUCGAAGAUCCUCUUCAUUCAACACAUCUCGAAUUGAGCAUCUUUAUUCGAAUCCGGUCACACAUGAUGGUGGCUCAAAGUUCUUCCUUCACUAUGGUGAUAUGACCGAUUCGUCGUGUCUCAUCAAAUUAAUCUCAACGAUUCAACCGACUGAAGUCUAUCAUUUAGCUGCUCAAUCUCACGUAAAGGUUUCUUUCGAUCUUCCCGAGUACACGGCUGAAGUGGAUGCUGUAGGAACGCUGAGACUUUUAGAUGCGAUUCACGCAUGUGGAUUGACGAAUAAGGUCCGUUUCUAUCAAGCUUCCACCUCUGAGUUAUACGGGAAAGUGCAAGAAGUACCGCAAAAAGAAACCACGCCAUUCUAUCCACGAUCACCAUAUGCUGUCGCCAAAUUGUACGCUUAUUGGAUUGUAGUGAACUAUCGAGAGGCCUACAGUAUGUUUGCUUGUAAUGGAAUCCUUUUCAAUCACGAGUCGCCGAGGAGAGGAGAGACUUUCGUUACGCGAAAGAUCACUCGCGGUGUCGCCAAGAUCUCGUUGGGACAACAAGAAACAAUCGAAUUGGGUAAUUUGGACGCGAGAAGAGAUUGGGGACAUGCAAAAGAAUAUGUUGAGGCAAUGUGGCGGAUCUUGCAACACGAUGUGGCCGAGGAUUUCGUGAUCGCCACCGGGGAAUACACGAAAGUUCGAACUUUCGUUGAGAUGGCUUUCUUGGAAAUCAACAAGGAAAUUGUCUGGGAAGGCGAAGGUGUGAAUGAAGUUGGACGAGAGAAAGACACGGGAGUGAUUCGUGUAAAGGUAAACCCUAAAUACUACCGUCCAACAGAGGUCGAGCAAUUGCUUGGCGAUGCCACGAAGGCUCGCGAGAAACUUGGAUGGCAACCAAAAGUGACUCUAAAGGAACUUGUUUCCGAAAUGAUGAAAUGUGAUAUCGAUUUGAUGAAAGCGAACCCUAGGGCC